CUGAAGUACGAUGAACAGGUAGAUGGAAUUUUCAAUUUAUUUAAGUCUCGUGGAAAUGCAAGACUGAGACAGAAUGAAAACCGAAAUGUUGCCAAGACUUUACAUCGGGAGUAUUUUUUUAUUAACUUUUAAUAUAAAGUACUCAGCGACAAGCUGCUUAGACCCUCCUCAAGAUUGUUUGAGGAAAGACAUUUCAUUUCAUUUAUACACCGAGCAAAACAGUCAGGGUUACGAAUUAGUCAUUCAAGAUUCAAAUACCAUAGAAAAAGCACCAUUCCUACCUAAUGCCAAUUUCAAAAUUUUGAUCCAUGGUUAUACCCAAAAUAGAAAUACCAAACUAAUGGUUCAGUUACGAGAAGAAUAUUUCAAACAAAAACGUUGGAAUAUAAUCGUAGUUGACUACGCACCAUUGGCAGAAGACGGUUGCUACAUAGAAAGCACAUUUCCCAGCGCACCAAUUGUUGGAAAAUGCAGUGCUUCGAUGCUCAACCUGAUACUGGAUAAUCGAAGUGGGAUUAGAAUAGAUCAAUUUCACGUCGUUGGAUUCAGCAUGGGGGCUCAAAUUGCUGCCGAGUUGAGUAUAAAUCUAGGACAAAAGAGACUUCCACGUAUUACAGGUUUGGAUCCAGCGUGGCCCUUAUUUUACCCAAUUCUUACGAGCAGUACUCAAAGGUUGGGUAGAGAACAUGCAGAUUUUGUCGAUGUUAUACACACCAACUCUGGAGGUUUUGGAGUAGUGUAUUCGCUGGCUCAUUACGAUAUAUACGCGAAUGACGGCACCUAUCAACCAGGAUGUGGAAUAACGGAUAUCUCAUGUUCCCAUAGCAGAGCUAUGCAACUCUUUAUCGAAUCAAUCAACACGAAAAAUCCAUUUAUCGCAUAUCAAUGCUCAUUCUGGGAAUGGACGAGUACAAGAAUAUGUCGUAGUAAUGAAAACUCAAAAAUCAUCGUAGGCGAGCAUGCCACACCGCCGAAAAACUCCAGUGAGGAAGGAAUUUACCAAUUUCGCACAAAUGAUAAACCGCCCUUCUCUUUGGGGCAGCAAUCAAAUUCGUGCUGAUUUUUUACAAAUUUCUUUUUUUUUUGUAUGUACUUCGUGUAAUUCUGAAUAAAUAAGUAAUGCAUUUCAAGAAAACUCCGAUCAAAUACAUCUACAUACCUACCUAGUGCUUACAGAUUAAUGAGUGGAGAUUUU